CCAGGCUCAGCAGCGAGCGACCGGGCACCGGGCACCGGGCGAUGCUGGAACCCGGCAGCAUGGAGGAGCGGGACUUCACGUGCCCCGUGUGCCUCGAACUCUUCGUCGACCCCGUGACCCUCAACUGCGGCCACACCUUCUGCUCGGCGUGCAUCGACCGCCACUGGGGCACGGAGUCGGCGGCGCGCGGCGGCUUCACGUGCCCCGAGUGCCGCCGCGCCUACCCCGCCAAGCCCGACUUGCGCAAGAGCAUCCUCGUGGCCAACCUCGUGGCCCAGGUGCGCAGGGCGCGGCCGGCCGCCCGCCAGCCCCGCCGUGACGCGGACGCCAGGGUCUACGACGGGGGCGUCGCCGCGGCGACGGCGGGCGUGGUCCCGUGCCACCGCUGCCCGGGCGGCGCCCGCCCGGCCGUCAAGAGCUGCGCUCGCUGCGAGAUGUCCUUCUGCGAGGCGCACCUGGCGCCUCACCGGCAGCCACUCACGUGCCCGCCCAGCCACUGA